GAUAAGAAUGCAUCGAUGCCAGAAUAUUAACCAAUGAACGCUUGCGAUUUUCACAGCAAAAAUGACGUACCUUGCUUUGUGUAGGGCUCUAUGACAAGAAGCAGAUCUGUAAAAAUUUCGUUUCACGCCACAUAAAAGUAAAAACAAUCAGAUAUAUGUUUUACUUUCUAUCAAGAUGAAGGUAGUUAAUUUGAAGCAAGCCAUUCUGCAGGCUUGGAAAGAAAGAUGGAGCGACUACCAGUGGGCCAUCAACAUCAAGAAAAACUUUCCCAAGGGGGCAACAUGGGACUAUCUCAACCUUGCAGAGGCUCUGAUGGAGCAAGCACUGAUUGGUCCUUCCCCCAACCCACUGAUUUUAUCUUACCUUAAAUAUGCUAUAAGUUCACAGAUGGUCUCAUAUUCCAGUGUUCUCACAGCCAUCAGCAGGUUUGACGACUUUUCCCGAGAGUUGUGCGUCAAGUCACUGCUGGAGAUAAUGGACAUGUUCUGCCAUCGUCUCAGCUGUUACGGAAAAGCGGAGGAAUGCAUUGGGCUCUGUCGGGCCCUGCUGGGAGUGGUGGACUGGCUGCUCCAAGGCUGUGCAUGGUACUGUGAAAGACUGAGAGAACUGGGUCCAUCAGCCAGCACAGAAGCCAGUCUCAGAGCCUGCCAGGAAAGGCUGCACUACUUGAUGAAUAGCGCCAAGAACAGAGCUCUAGUCCACAUUGCCCGGCUGGAGGAUCAAGGUUCUUGGGGCAGUGUAGAGCAGUCGGUGGUAAAGGUGACAGAUGGCCUGGGCAGUGUAUCUAACCAGGCUUUAAGGACUAAGCUGGAGGAAAGCUUGUCAUAUGUAAAAAGUAUUCCCCUGAUGCUCUUGGCACACUGUGAUCCUCCAGUCCAUGCCUCCUUCCCAUCGAUCCAUGCUUUUAUCAUGCUGGAGGGAACCAUGAACUUGACAGGAGAGACACAACCUUUGGUGGAGCAGCUAAUGAUGAUCAAGAGAAUGCAGCAAAUUCCUGCCGCUCUUUUCGUGUUGGAGAUAUGGAAGGCUUGUUUCACUGGUCUCAUAGAGUCACCAGAGGGCACAGAGGAGCUGAAAUGGACUGCCUUCACCUUCCUCAAGAUCCCUCAAGUUCUUCUACGACUAAAGAAAUACCCUCAAGCUGACAAAGGCCAGGAUUUCAUGGAGGACGUGAAUGUUGCAUUUCAAUAUUUACUAAAGCUGACCCCACUGUUGGACAAAGCAGACCAGAGAUGCAAUUGUGACUGCCUCGGCAUGCUCUUGCAAGAGUGUAACAAGCUCGGGCUGCUGUCGGACUCGAAUACAGAAAGCCUCACAUCAAAGCGGGAGUUCGCCCCAAGGCUAAAGACUGCCGAAAAUGCUAACAUCCAGCCCAACCCAGGCCUCAUCCUGAGAGCGGAGCCCACCGUCACCAAUAUUCUCAAGACAGUAGAUGCAGACCACUCAAAGUCCCCUGAGGGACUUCUUGGCGUCCUUGGACACAUGCUGUCAGGAAAGAGCCUGGACCUGCUCCUGGCUGCAGCAGCGGCAACCGGCAAACUCAAAUCCUUUGCCAGGAAGUUCAUAAAACUCAACGAGUUUCCGAAGCACAUCAGCGGCGAAGGAUCAAAGUCUGCUUCCGUGCGGGCGCUGCUCUUCGACAUUUCCUUCCUCAUGCUCUGUCAUGUGGUGCAGACCUACGGUUCCGAGGUGAUCUUGUCAGACCCCAGUCCUUCGGGGGAGACGCCCUUUUUUGAAACGUGGCUGCAAACUUGUAUGCCCGAAGAGGGCAAAACUCUGAACCCUGACCACCCCUGCUUCCGACCUGAGCCUGGAAAGGUGGAGAGUCUUGUGACACUGCUGAACAACUCAUCAGAGAUGAAACUGGUCCAGGUGAAAUGGCAUGAAAUUUGCCUCAGCAUUCCAGCGGCCAUACUGGAAGUUCUGAACGCGUGGGAGAAUGGCGUGCUUUCUGUGGAGGCGGUACAGAAGAUAACUGACAACAUCAAGGGGAAGGUGUGUAGCAUGGCCAUAUGUGCUGUAGCUUGGCUUGUUGCCCAUGUCAGGAUGCUGGGAAGGGAUGAGAGAGAGAAGCCCCAAACUAUGAUCCGGCAGCUUGUAACCCCACUGUAUGCCGAGAACACCCUGCAGUUCUACAACGAACGGGUGAUCAUCAUGAGCUCCAUCAUGGAGCACAUGUGUGCCGAUGUCUUCCAACAAACGGGCGCAGCUCUGCGUUCCCCAGUUGAGGGCCAGGAGCCGAUCCCCUACCGCAACCUGCUGCCUGCCAAAGAGCCCAUCCACAAGGCCCUGAGCAACCAGUUCCAGGUGGUGCUGCGGAAAGGCUGGGUGGACAGCCGAGCUCUGCACCUGUUCGAGAGUCUGCUCAACAUGGGAGGGGUCUUCUGGUUCACCAACAAUUUGGUCAAGGAACUGCUGAAGGAGACGCGACAGGAGUGGGCCAAUCGAGCUGUGGAGCUGCUCUACAGCAUCUUCUGCUUGGACUCGCAGCAGAUAACCCUGACCCUGCUGGGUACCAUCCUGCCCAACCUGCUCACCGACUCAGCCCACUGGCGCAACCUCGCCGACCCUCCUGGGAAGGCCCUGGCAAAGCUGUCGGUGUGGUGUGCUCUCAGCUCCUACUCCUCUCACCACAAAGGCCCCUUCUCAGCACGUCAGCGGAAAAGACAGAGAGAAGACAUCGAGGACUAUAACAGCCUCUUUCCACUGGAUGACACACAGCCAUCUAAACUUAUGCGACUCCUGAGCUCCAAUGAGGAUGAGCCAGUAACCCUCUCCAGCCCAGGAGACAGAUCUAUGAGCAGUUCCCUGUCUGCCUCCCAGCUCCACACCGUCAACAUGAGAGACCCUCUGAACCGAGUCCUGGCCAACCUGUUCCUCCUUAUUUCCUCCAUCUUGGGCUCCAAGAUGGCUGGACCCCACACCCAAUUCGUGCAAAGUUUCAUGGAGGAGUGCGUCGAGUGCCUGGAGCAGGGAAGCCGUGGGAGCAUCUUACAAUUCAUGCCUUUCACAAUGAUUUCAGAGCUGGUGAAGCUGCCGGCCCUUGCCAAACCUAAGGUUGUCCUCGCCAUCGCGGACCUGACUCUGCCGCUGGGGAGGAGAGUUGCCGCUAAAGCCAUCUCUGCUCUGUGAACCCCACAGCUCAGUUUGCUUCAGCCACAAGCUGCCACAUUUUUAACACAUUCAAAACAUUUUGAAGCUCUAAAUAUCUGGAUGGGACCACUGGUUGUAUAUCCCUUUUCUGAGGUUCCUUCCUUUGAUCUUCCUCUCUCCAAACACCUUUAUCCAUUUUUUUAGAUGUUCUUUUUCUCACUUCAAAAAUUGUGUAAAUGUGAUUUGUGAAUAAAAGGAUCCAAUAAUGAAG